CAGGACUAGAGAAACAGGCGAGGGAAAGGGUCAAUGGAUGCAUCCUUGCCAGCAGGUCUAAUGAAAAGACUUUGAUUCCCUGCUUACUGUCGUGCCUUGAAUGGCUUCCGGAUGGUGGACGAGAGUCGAUGUAAUAGCAAUGGCCAGGACCCCUAGAUUGACGAGCUCACCACAUUCGAGAUCAGAUAAUGUGGAAACUGGUGCCAUCGACGAUGAGUACAGAGCUCAGGAGAAGGAUUUUCGAGCAGCUUGUCUUCAUGCUGUGAUGCCUGCGGAUCUUGAGGCAGCCCAUAUCAUUCCCUUCUCGUACGGGUCAUGGAAAGAUUCUCAGAGGGAAAUGUUCGAAAUAUUAUAUCGAUUCUUCCCUGGGGUACGAAAAGGUGGAAUGAGAAUUACACACAUCAACGAUCUAUCGAAUGGCAUAACUCUGCAAGAUUCAAUCCACACGCAGUUUCGUCGUUUUCAGUUAGCUUUUGUGGCCACGGGUGUGGCAAACGAAUACAAGAUAAAGGUCUACGAUGAUUUUCCAACGGCAUACCGAACGUUCGUCCAAGACUCAGUCACCUUUCGCAAUGCCGAGGGCGACGACAACGAAAGCCUCCCCAACCCAAAAUUUCUCGAAUGCCACUACAGGUUGGUGGAAAUACUCCAUUUAUCCGGAAUGGGGGAAUACAUCGAAAAGAACUUGAGAGACUGGGAGGAACUUAGGGAUGCCUCGGUGGGUGAACAGGUGCAAGAAGAUGGCAGUACUGAUCUUGUCCAGUAUGUACGGGCCACCUUCUGGCAGUCUGUCAACGCAUAG